AUGGAUAAAUUAAUAGAAUGUUCAGAAAAAUCAAUUAAAAAUGGAUUUAAAUUAAGUGAUAAUAAUUAUUUUUGUGAGACUCAAAAGAUUAUAUCUAAUCUUCAUAAGUCGACAACUGCAACUAUUAAAAAUAAUUUGGUUAAACUUGACGAAAACGAAAAAAAUAAAGAAAAUUUAAGACUUAACAUAAAUAAUCCUUAUAAAAAAAAUUCUUUAGAAGAAAUUUAUAAUUUUUUAUUAGAGGAAGAAAAGGAUAUUAUAUGUUACUACAAUGAAGCAUCUAAAAUUUUUAAUUUAAAUUUAAGUGACAAAAGUAAGGAAAACAUGCUCUUCGAUGAUUUAAUAAAUAACAAAAGUACAGCAAAUGAUUUAUUCUCUCUUUACCAAACCCUUAUAAAAUUAAUCGGAGGUUUAUUUAUUAAAAAACAGUUAACCAUUAUUAUGGAAGUAUGUAAAUUAUUAUUCAUUAUAAGUUCAUUAAGAAGAAAAUAUAUUUCAUAUGAAAAAAAAAAUUUUUUAAAUAAAGAACAAUCAAAUUUACUCUCUCAAAUAGAAAAAGAAAAAUGUAAAAUGGAAAAAAUUAAUCUUAAUAUAAGAAAUUUAUAUUCAUUUGUCACCACAAAAGAUGAUAUAAAAGGUGUUCAAGUAUCAAAUUCUUUAGUGGAUAAAUUAAAUGGAAUUAUAUCAAUUUUGCGUUUCAUUCGUAAUAUAACAUAUGAAAAUAAACAUAGAACUUAUCUUACUCAUACAAAAAAAGCUAAUACGGAAAAUAUUUUUCUUGCACUAUAUUAUGCCAACCAAAGGCUUUCAAAGUUUACUGAAAAUUAA